GUAGCAUACAGUUGGUGGAUUUGCUGUAGACUACAACCCUUUGAAAUACCCAGUUGUCCCAAACUUCCGUGUGAUCGGUUGGUGUUGUUGCUUCUUCGUAGACUUUUUCUUCCUUUUUCAACAAUUUCGAUUCUUCGAUUUGGUAGUUUUACAGAAACAUAAGCGUUUCGACAAGGUUGGGCUGUGGCACUUAAGCUGACUCGAUCCUUUACAGUGGGGACUUUCCAGUCACGAAAACUUAGUCAGUUCUGUUGAUCGCGCUCCAGUGCUCCGUUGUUGGGGAAUGAAGUAGCUUAUGCGGCUUUCGGUGGUUUUCUCACUUCGUCUUCGCAUUUCCGUUACGGUUGUACUGCAUUUUGUAUCGAUGUAGGGAUAAUGGUGGAGUUGGACAGUUGACACACGCAUCUCAUCGUGAGGAUACACAUGCAACAUGCACAAUACGCCUGUGUCGUGUUGUCAAGUGAAUGUGAUUAUGGCGCAGCCUGGUUUGCUGCUCGAUGUCGCGGAGCAGGACGUGCAGAACGUGGUGCUGGCCCAGACGAGCGCUGGCGCGUGCCUCCGCGGUUUCUACGGCCGAACCGGCCGCCCCGUGUCGCUAAAACUUUUGCCCCUGCGUUCUGCUUCGGAGAGAGAGCAGUGGAGUGACCAGUAUCUGCAGCACCUAGCCGCAGUCAGACGGGCCUGCUCAGAUCGGGUCCUGGUUCCUCUGGGCUGGUACCGGGCCCGCUGCCUGGUCGGGCUGGUGUCGGACUGGAUGCCUGGCAGCUCUCUCCACUCUCUGCUGUACGAGACACAGCUUUACCCAGAAUUCCCUUUGGCUCUUCGCCUGCGGAUCCUUCUGGAUGUGGCGGAAGGGCUGUCCCACUUGCACGCCGUGCCGGUCUCUCACCAGAGCCUGAAGCCCACCAACGUGCUGCUGGACCAGCAGUACCGGGCCAAGCUGUGUGACUUUGGCCAGAGGACUGGGCAGAGGAUGGGGUCCACUCUCCACGAGGGGGGCACACACUGCUUCAGGGAUCUGGUGUACCUGUCACCUGAGGUUCUCCGAGGGGGCGUGUCUUCUACAGAGGCAGAUGUGUACAGCUUUGGAAUGCUGCUUUGGGAGACCUUGAACAGAAGAGCUCCGUGCGAAAAAAUCCGCCACGUCAGCGAGCUCCUGCUGUACGUGCAGAGAGGGGAGUGGCCUGGCGCGGAGGACUGCGGGCUGCCGCCGGAGGUGCCGCUCGGGCACGUGCUCGCCCAGCUCAUAACCCGCUGCUGGAGCGCAGAUCCCCAGAGCCGCCCGACUGCCGUCGACUGCAUGCUGGAAUUAAAGAAGGCGCUGGCGACCUUUGACCUGGAAUCCCCAGCCCGGGCAGCGGCCCAGCUGAAAGAACGCAAGGAGGGGGCGCUACUGGGCUCUAAGGCUCAACAGGCAGGAGAGAUGAAGAUGGAGAUCAACAAUAUGGAGCUCUACGGUGGCUGUCAGGAGGCAAAAAGCGCCGGAACGAAGACCCUGCCCAUGGACAUAGUCCAGGCGGCCACGCCCGGCCCACUGACUCUCAAUCCCAAAAGCGUCCACCCAAAUAACCUCUCCCCGCCCACCCAGGGGAAGAGCCCGCCCCUUGUCUCCAGCUGUGCAGAGACGCUGUGCUGCCAGGAUGCCAGGUUGCCCCGCCCGAGGAGUGCAUCAGAGAGGCGGAGCCAGCGGCAGAGUCCCUCUCCUCCGUCAUCUCUGCAUUCCCCUGCUUCCGCUGGUACCCUGAACCCCCUGAAGCCCUCCCCCCCGGGACCCCCAGCCGCCGGCUGCCAGGGCGUUCCGAUUGGCUGCGCGACGGGGCCGAGCUGCUGCCAGAUCCUGCGGGAGAUGCGCGAGGUCAUCGUGUGGGGCAUGACGGAGGGCCGGCUGAACUACCUGCUGGACGUGCUGCGGGCGCGGCGGGCGCUGAGCCGCGAGGCGUACGAGCUGAUCACCGCGGCGAUGACGCUGCCCGCCCGCACGCGCUCGCUGCUGGACACCUGCCUCUGCCUGGGCGAGGGCACCGCCGCGCUGGUGGCCUCCACCCUGGGCCUGGUCUCCAUGGUGACCGCACGCCCCCACCCCUGCCACCUGUACAACUGAAGAGGGGGCGUGAUGUCACACCCCCCCCCCCCCCACCCCCCCACCCAAACAUCCCCAGCAUUCUGUUUAGGGACUGGAUUGGUUGUUAAUGAAGCCCCCCCCCUCCAGUCUCUAGACCAGGGACAGGUUUCUGCGCUGACACGGGGGCACCAGUGUAUGGCUUCUGAGCCACUGGCCUCUGUCAUUUCCAUUACUCUUUGUAUUCUGUUUAUUACUGAGGGAUUUUCCAUGGAUGUCAUUAUAAAUGGCCUUGUAGUUUUCAUAAAACAUACCAUAUCCCAGUAUUAUAAUGAUAUUACCAAUGACAUUACAGUGUAACUGUAAAAAAAAAAAAGUUCUCAAAUGGUUUUCAUGGUUUUCCCAAGGUGCAGUGUUGUAUUGUUAACGUUAUAUUGCUUAUCGCACUUGUACUUUUUAAAAAAAAAUCACAGUCCUCAGGGAAUUCCACUGCAGCCCAGGGAAAGCGUGGCAGUUUGAUGUGACAGACACAUCGCAGGCAGUUUUUUUCCUGUAAGGCUGAUUCAUGCGUGGGGGAGUCAUUGGUUGCUGACCAAUGCAUUGCUCUUUGUCUUACGGAAUCCUGGGAGACCACAGCACUGUGCGCGUGACAUUCCACGGAAUCUGUUUCUGCUGUGACCUCACAAAAUGUUUGUCUGUUCCUGGAAGUGGCCUGAGCCCUUGGGACAGUGAUGAGUUCUAAAGCACUGGAUUUUGUACAUGACUGGCAGUAGCCAUAAUUGGUGAGGAUGUCUCUUCAAGUCACUUUUGAGUUGGUAUCUUGUAUCAAGAACAUGAGGAGGGAUAAUAAAAUAUAAAUAAAAACUUUACGUGUAUGUGUGGUACAGCAUCUGCACUGGGUGAAAGAAUACAUAUAUACUUUGUAUUUAAAAAAAUAUUUGGCACAGUGAGGGUUACAUUUGAAUAUUUAAUAAACACUAUUAAAGUA